AUGACCAACGACAGUUGUCCUCUCCGGUGCCUCCCACCUUGGAGAACGAGCCCCGGUGGAUUAGAAUUGAGCGGACAACUCUACUGGUUCUAUGUGUACCGCAGAUUCUAUUUUCUACAUCUUCAGCUUGCCAUGCGGAGGUUCUAUCUAGGAGACCAGGCUGGAAUCAGCACUGAAGCGUUAUCUUAUACCCAAGUCCGAAUUUACCCCGAAGAAUCAUCGUGCCCUGAAAUCACCUCUCUCUUUUCGACCGACGCACAGAUCUGUUCAGAGACGCCGGGACUUUGUUUAAGAAUGCAGAAUGUGAUGUUUGUUCACGGUAGCAGAUCGGAACUACUGCUAUAUCGAAAUGGUAACGAAUCUGCCGGGAAACCUCCGCAGGUUAUGUUUAUUUGCGCGCACGUUGGGUAUCUGCAGAAAGCCGAACUACUGAACACCGUGGUGUUCGCCUAUCUCGAUGGAGAGGAAUAUCCCUGUUCCACUUAUACUUGUAACCAAUGCAAUACAGAUUCCCGCAUUGAAGUCUGUGAAUAUGGCUCUCAUUUGGCCCUGGUCCUUACAACGUGGAUUAAUCUUGGCCCUGGUUUGACGCCAGAUGACCCUCGAUGGAAAAUCCAUAGUUGUGAAAAUCGGGGCGUGACACUUGAUCCAAAUGACCGUACAGACAGUCCACGGGUCUCUUUUGAGAAUGCGUCGCCUCGGUUGUUGGGGGCAUUGCUGUCAAGAAACCUUUCCUACCUCAAGGACCAGCAAUACAGGAAGGUUAUGCGUCCACUUUCUCAACAUUUUCAAGGUCAGGGCCUCUGGUACUUACCAAGUCUACCAAGUGAAAAUAUUCUUGAGGAGAUUACCUGUCCAUGUCCUGAGGAUUUGUUGUCGAGGGCCGGCUGCUGGAGUCUGCUUCUUUGGCUCUUGCCUAGUUCCACUCCAAGGCUUCCUUCCCGCAGAAGACUCCCAGAAACAUUCACUUAA